AUGAAACUGUGGUUACUCAUUUCACUGAGUUUGUUUCUCCACGGCGAAGGUGCUCUGCAGAAAGAACACGAGAAACCUCAAGCUGUUAAGUGGAUGGACUCGUUCUUCGGCCGCAGAAAGGAGUACGAUCAAAGUACGUCCUUGGUGAAUCUGAUGAAGGAAGUCACCAGGCAGUUCCUGGUAGGUUGCACACCAAUAAUCCUGUACGACUCUUUUCUCGAAAAGAGCGACACUCUGCUUCUCGAGAAGCUGUUCACGGACUUUCCCAUACCUUACAUCCAUGGCCAAAUAACUCGCAAUUAUUCCAUCAAUUUGAAGAAGAUAGUCAAGGAUACAGAAAACACCUGCGUCUCGUAUAUACUAUUCCUGGCCGACGUGAUGCGAUGCCGCGACGUUAUAGGCGAGCAGAACACUAACCGAGUCGUUAUAGUAGCCAGGUCAUCACAGUGGCGAGUUUACGAGUUCCUAGGCAGCGAAACAGCUCGAGAUUUCGUAAACCUUCUAGUCAUCGCUCAGAGCGAGAAGAUCUUACCCAUAGACCAAGAACGUCCGUACAUUUUGUACACGCACCGACUGUAUGUGGACGGAAUCGGCUCCAGCGCUCCCAUGGUAUUAUCCUCCUGGAUGCGUAACGCUUUCACCAAAGCUGACGUGAACCUCUUCCCCACGAAAAUCCAAAACGGUUUCUCCGGACACCGUUUCAUAAUAUCCUUGGCCUCUCAACCUCCCUUCACAAUAAAAAGAGGCCGCGAUGAGAAUGACGAUAUCCAGUGGGACGGAAUUGAAGUUAGAUUAGUCGGUUUAUUAGCCGAGACGUACAAUUUUACUACGGACUUCCGUGAAGCGAAGGACGUUAACAUUUUAGGUUCGGGUAAGGCUGUAUCCAGAGAGAUAGCUUCGAGGAAGGCAAACCUGGGUUUAGGUGGUAUCUACGUAACCUCUGAUCUCGUUAACUUGGUAGAUUUAUCACAUGCACAUUCCCAAGAUUGCGCAUCGUUUGUCACCCUCAGCUCUACAGCGCUGCCACGCUACCGCGCCAUCAUGGGACCCUUCCAUUGGACGGUAUGGUUAGCAGUGACUUUAAUCUACAUAUUCGCAAUAUUCCCUUUAGCCCUAUCUGACAAGUUGAGUCUUAAAUACCUCAUUCAGAAACCGGAAGAAAUGGAGAACAUGUUCUGGUAUGUCUUCGGCACAUUCACCAACUGCUUUACCUUCGGCGGAGAAGCAUCCUGGAGCAAAUCCGACAAGGUCACUACGAGAAUCCUAGUUGGUUUCUACUGGAUCUUCACUAUUAUAACAACCGCCUGCUACACUGGAUCUAUUAUAGCCUUUGUCACCUUACCGAUUUAUCCAGAAACAGUAGACACAACAAAGCAAUUGAUCGAAGGCCAUUUUCAGAUAGGCACUCUUGAUAAAGGAGGCUGGCAGAAUAUGCUAGUCAACUCCACGGAUAAAUACACCAAGAAGAUAUUCAAGAACAUGGAGUUUUUACCCAAUGUUGAAUCUGGUUUCAAAAACAUAACGAAAGCUUUCUUUUGGCCAUACGCGUUUUUAGGUUCUGAAAGUGAAUUGAAUUACAUAGUUCGCAACAACUUUUCCUCCGUAAACAAACGGUCAGUAUUACAUGUAAGCAAGGAAUGUUUCGUGCCUUAUGGUGUAUCAAUGUUAUUCACGCUGAAUAGUGUCUACAAAGAGGUAUUGAAUAAUGGAUUGUUGAGAGCAGUUCAGAGCGGGUUUCUGAUUAAAUUAAAGCACGAUGUGGAAUGGCAAAUGCUAAGGAGUUCGACGGGCAAACUCCUUCAGGCAAAUGUGGGCGGUACGAUGCACCUGAAAGUGGAGGAUAGAGCGCUAUCUCUGGAUGAUACUCAAGGAAUGUUUUUGCUUUUGGGUGCUGGUUUUCUGUUAGGUGGCGCCUCACUAAUCUCCGAAAUGGUCGGAGGUUGCGUGAACUUCUGCAAGCAAAAGAUCCGCAGAUUGAGCACAACUAGUAUAGAAAGCAACCCCAGAUCGCACGACACCCUUACGCCAAGGGAGAAAUUAAAUUCCAUUCAGUACAGCAUACACUCGAGGCUGUGCAGUAUUCCCGACAACAACAGUAUCCAGAACACGCCGGACCUCGACGAAGAGAUCGACCGGAUCUUCAAUCUUGACAACCUCUUCGGCGAGUGCAACAGCGAAGAUACAACCACCACAGAAGAGAUAGUUAGCGACAAUUACUAUUAAAGAUGUAGUUCCAAGAAGUUUUUGUGCAUUUUCUGUUAGUUUCUUCCUUUACUACAAUAAAUAUUUUAGUUAUAU